AUGUCGAGGCCCAGGUCUGUAGCUGCUCCAGCAAUUCUCCAGUCGUCCACCUUGUGGGACAGUCUGCGUUCCUACGGCACUUGCUUCCUGUCGGAGACGUUGGACUUCCGCACUCUAUGUACAGCCCCUUUCGACGGAACCGUCCUCACCCCCGCUCUCGCAUGGGAGGCUAUAAAGAGGGAAGACUAUCGCGGUUGCUUUGAUGAUGCUUUGCAAGAAUUGAUGGCGGAGUCAAGCUCUAAAGUAGGCUCAUAUCAGGACCUCACGGCAAGGCUCCUGAAGUUAUAUGUGUUUCAUCUCGGGAUAACAAUUAUGCAAUGUGUGCCAGACAGGGACCAUUACACUUUCAUCGACCCUUUCUUCUCAGAUAACACCGAUAUGAUCAUACAAGAGGCCACGGAGUUGAUUCAAAUCUUUACAUCGAGGGGUUUUGACAGCACUAACAUCGUUAUCUCAAUACCUGCUACGAAAGAAGGUCUAAUUGCUGCGAAGAUGCUCCACGACCAGUAUGGCAUACGCACCAAUAUGGUCAUGGUAUCGAGUCUGUUGCAUGCAAUAAUCUCUGGCGACACCGGAGCGGCUGCAGUUACAUACGAUUUUCAAGCGCUUCGUCAACUGUGUCCCGUCCAGUGUGAUCAAGAGGCGGAGGUGAUCGCAGCUAUCAGAAACACCGGUGCACUCUUCCAGCUCCAUUGUAAACCAAAGCUCGUAGUCACCGGCUUGAAUCACAUCAAGCAAUUGCGGAGCAUGGCCGGACCCUUCACAUGCUGUCUAGGGGAUGCAAUAGCAACCGAAGCACUGUCAACUACAUCCCCAGCGGACUACUGCUCCCUCAACCCUGCCGAACUUCAAGCACCAAAAGAGACUGUUGGCAUACUUGGGCGGGACGCUCAGUCAUCUGGGCGCCAACUCAUGUCUCUGCUGCCCACUGACAUGUGCGCCCUGGCCCAGAAGGCUUUUGUCUCCGGCAUGACACCCAUGAAAAUAUGCUUGCAACAGGUGAGAAUAGUGCUGACGGAGGAAUUUCUAAGGCACCAGAGGCGGAGGCUGGCACAGGCCAACAGGCCUAAAGGUGAUGACGAUCACCCGCGAAUGCUGAGUUCUGAUGCACAUUGCUCUGAACGACGCUCACGGGAUUCGACGACAAAAUCUGAGUGCGGACCGCGCAAGUCUAAAGGUAAAGACGCCCUACGCAAAGUGACUUUCGCGAUUGGAACCAAAGACUAG